AUGAACCUAGCUUAUUACGAAUUUUGUUGUAAAAACGAGGUUAACAAGACAAGAUUUUGUGAGAUUAACAGCCUCACGUCGUGGGAAGAGAUAUACAGUAUAAAUAUUUCCUCAUCACCAAGAUCAUCCCAUCUGGUAACAAUGAGUGAAGGAAUGGAUUUCACGCAGUUUCGAUUCUUAUUAAAAUUACUUUCGAUUCGCCUUUCAGCGUACUUAUUAACGGGGCACUUUAAACCAUUCUAUGAAUUAACCAGCUUUGCAUUGUUAAUUACAGGAUCAUUUUGGUUAAAUCCGCCAAUGGAAAUCACCAAUACGAUUGGGUAUCCUGUCACCGAUCCCGAAAUCAAUUCAGAAAAGUUUACAUCAAAAUCAUUUCCAACUUAUGAUUUCAUAGGAAUACCAGCUGAAGGAUGUGAGUUGGAAUUCGAUGUGAUCGUGAUCAGUAGCGGAGCAGGUGGAGGUUUCGUGGCGGCUGAAUUAGCCAAAGCCGGGAAUAGUGUUUUGAAAGGAAAAUAUUACCAUCAAAGUGAGCAAAUACGGAGAGAAGCAAUCGCUCUAAUGCCAUUUUUGCAAAAUGCAAGGGAUUCAGUAGCGAAAUUUAUACUGGAUUGA